UAGUGACAGUGACCCGGAAGUAUGGCAGAAUAUACAUGUCUGGUCGUUCAUUCUGCGCUGUUCAUUAUACACGUAUUUACUGUAUGGUACAAUAUUCGUCAUGUGGGAGACACUCUCCAACCAUACUAUGAUUUAUUUACCUAUAAGGGUUUUGCUGGAAAGUUUAAGUACCUGACUUUCAUCAGUUUUUUAAUUCAGACAUUCUAUUUUGGACUAGCGGUAGCAAAUGACAUCUGGGGGUCCAAUGUCAGGCCUUCAGACAAGAAAGGCAAAAAGACAGGUCUACAAACAUUCAUGAACACAUUCCUGGCAUCCGUUGUUUACCCCGUAGGAACUUUUGUGGUGAUGACAUUUUGGGGAAUCUAUGCUGUGGACAGAGAGCUUGUAUUCCCAAAGCAUUUGGACAAAAUUAUUCCUGUUUGGCUAAAUCACAUAGAGCAUACAACUGUCCUUCCAUUUCUGCUGCUAGAGAAGUGUCUAGUUUACCAUGAAUAUCCAAGUAGAAAGAAAGGGAUAGGAAUUUUACUUGGAUUUGCAAACAGUUACCUUAUUUGGAUUCUGUGGAUAGCAUUCUAUGCCGAUAUUUGGGUAUAUCCUGUACUUCAAGUCAUGGAAGCUCACCAACGAGCAAUAUUUAUAUGCAUUCUAAUGGCAUUCUUCAUCAGUAUAUACAUCUUAGGAGAAGCUAUAAAUAGAUUUAUAUGGAGAAAAGAAAUAGCCUUGUCAGCUGCCAAACAGAAGCAGAAGAAAGUGACAUGAAUAAAAGGGCACAAUUGUACAUUCCAAUCUGACAGCAACAUAUUCUAACAGUGACAGAAUAUAACGGCAGUAGAUUCUAACAGCGUCAGAUUCUUAGAGCUUAUUUAAUAAACUCCUGUGCUUUCAUCUUUUAUAUGCAUCUUUUACUUUGCGCUUGUACUUUUUUAGCCUUUUCUUUUAAUCAUGAGUAUUCAUGGGACAUGCCCUAAUUUCACCAGUUGCUGUUAUUUAUUAGAAAUUGUAAAUAAUAUGUAAUUUUGUCGGGGUCUGAUUAGCAUGGUUUCUGUCAAAACAGCUAUUUUUAGAAACAUAAUAAUACAAAAUAAUAGUUUGAGGUUUUGAAAUUGAGGAUAAUAAAGUUUUUUUCUGAAUUUAUGCAAACAGAUUUCUAAAACACUUUAAAAUACUACUUCUUGUAAUUUGAGACUGUAUGUAUAGUAUGUCACAACUAGAUGAUCUAAUCUUUAUGCCCCUGACGAAGGGUAUAUUAAAAUCGCACUGUCCAUCCGUCUGUAUGUAUGUGCGUCUGUGUAAAUUCUUGUCCGGGCUGUAACUUUAACAUUCAUAGAGGGAUUUGAAAAUAAUUUGACACAAAUGUUGAUGAUAUUGAGGUUUGUUGCUGUUAUGACCCUGGUCUCUCAGGUCAAGGUCAAGGUCACAAACCCUAACCCUAAAACCCUAACACAAAUGUUCAUCUAGUCCCAAGAGUUGCUUCUGGGGCAUUUGUCACUAAUAGUGACAGCUUAUGUUUUAUAACAGACUUCACUCAUUAUAUACAUUGUAUACUACUUUUAGAGAUUUUUUAUGCAUAAAUACUAUAUGUUGAAAUUUCAAUACAAUCAAACUUUGUUCGCUUGAACUGGGGUAAUUCAUACAGCACCCUUCCCUCGAACUCAUCUUCAGGUCCUGGCAAAAUACCUAUAAUUUAUUUUUCGAUGGCUGGAACUAUCGAUAACUGGGAACAAAUAUUGCUCGUCCGAUUGAGUUUGACUGUUUCUUAAAAUCUUGUUUCAAAAUAGGCAGUGGCUAGGCAAUAGGUACAGGAUCUGCAGACCACUGAUACAAGUCAUUUUGGACUACCCCUUCUCUUGAAUGUUGCCCUAUAGUCUCUAUCGGUUUUCUAGCCACUGCCUUUGAAGUAAAAGUAUUAAUCAAAAAGUGUGGUCUACUCACUUCAUUUUGUCUCAGUAUUUUUGUUGUCUGUAUGUUAUUUUGUUAUAAAUGGUUUGAAACACAGUUGUUUACUCAGGACAACAACAUAGGGCCAGCUUGACUGUCGCGUUUAGGUAGUAUUAAAUUUUCUUAAGAAAACAUUUUAAAAUUACUGGUAUUGAAAAAUCGAUGUAUUUGGAUAAGAGUAUUGCAUCAUCUAAAUUCAGGUACCAUCAUAAUAAACUGUGUGCUGUAAAUCUCUAAAUUUUGCUGCACACUUACUGGAAAUUGACCCAUUUGGUUCAAGCUCAUCCUUUGUAAGUAAGGCAUUGGAAAAACUUAACUCUUGCUUGAGCAUAUUUUGAUGUAAAUGAGAUGUGAAACACCCCUUUUAACAGUUAAUUGUACUGUCCAAAUUGGAAGAUGGACAAGUUCAUUUUAGAAAUUUAACAUGGUAAGGGUAAACCAUACAAUAAGCGAACUAGUGUCAUAAAACUAGACAUAUAACAGUUAAACAUUAUACAAUUAUUGACUCUUGAGCCGUUGGAUAUGAUGUGAUAUUCACCGGAAGAAGGCAAUAUUGACAGAGGUGAUAGCCGAGGUCAAUAUUGCCCUCUUCUGGUGAAUAUCACAUCAUAUUCAAUGACUCAAGAGUCAAUAACUGUUUUAUUAUAUGAACAAAUAUUUGUAGCAACAUAUUUAAUGUUUGAAAGUAACAGUAACUAUGUGUAACUUCAAUUCUAUUUUUAGAAAGUCAUGUUUAAUGGGAAAAACCCAAAAACCAUUAAACAUGAAAUAUAUUAUGAAAAUGAUGAGCGGUUUCGGCCAAUGAAAUUUAGGUUAUUUUUAGAACAUAUGAUAAAACUGUCUAUAGGUAACGCUUUACAAUCUGUAACUUUUAUGGACAUACCACUUAUUCAAAAGCUGAAACGAGCAGGAUAACUUUUUUACAAUCUCAUAAAGAUAAAACUUUGUGAACAUUCUCAGAACUUUAAAUUUGCUAAAUUUUGACCCAGUGAAAAUAUGUGCUUUUACAGUAAUUAUGUAGGAAUCAAAUUUAUAUGCAUGUAUGUACGUGUGUAUGUGUAUGUAUGUAUGAAUAAUCACCUGAAAUAGGUCAACAUUCAAUGUUAGGCUUCAAACAAAAGUAUUUUGAUCUCAUUACUGUAGAGUGAUGUUGUAAAUGUUUGCUAUUUUAUGCUUUCCAUUGAUACACUAUUAUAGGUUGGGUAAUAUUUGUAA